ACACACACACUCACAUACACACACUCACACACACACUCUCACACACACACACACACACAAACACUCACACUCACAUACUCACACUCACUCAAAUACACACAUUCAGCAGUGGAGAGCUGCUCUCCAGUCCUCACAUCCCAGGACAAACUUCAACUUCUAAAAGUUAGGAGGUUCUAGGCUCGUGUGGAGUAACGAGGUCUGGUCGGAGGCAUCAAAGCCCCCGAGACCCUUUUAAUUAAUGCUGUUGUUGAUCCCGCGCGCUGUCAGAUGGACUCUUCACCUUCGCGCUGUCCACAGAGACGCGCACCUUCCGGACCCUCCGCGCCUCAUUUACAGGCAGGUUUAUGCGCUCGCACUGACGUCAAUGGAGCGAUGUUGGAUGUAUAUAACGGUCCAGCUGCGCGUGCUUCGCUCCCAACGCCACUCGCGAGGACGCGUCCAUUCCAAGUGCCCAGCCGUACCUCCAGGAACUCCCGAAGCCUCAGAGAAGCGAACGACGUCCUGCCUGCGUCCAGCAUGAAGCCCGUGCCCGCCGUCCUCCUGCUAGCCGCUGUCCUCCUGACCACCCACAUCCCACUCAGCGCGUGUCGACCCCGGGACCUGGGCGUUCUGGACGGCCGCGGGUACAAGAAGCAGCUGGACGAAGUGCUGCUGAGGGCGGGGGACAGCGCCGUGUCCUACCUGCUGGGUGAGAAGCUCCUGCAGUACCUGCAGCAGAGGAAGCCCUCGGCGCACCAGAGCGCCUCCAUCAGUGCACCUGCAGCGGGGCUGGGACAUGGGUUGGGACUGGGACUGGGACUGGGGCUGGGGCUGGGGCAGGGACAGGAACAGGGACAGGGACAGGGACAGGGACUGGGACUGGGACUGGGACAGGGACUGGGACUGGGGUUGAGCGCCGAGGGUCCAGAAAGGGGGCUCUGGCGAGAAGAUGAGGGCGGCUCGCGCGAGGAGCUCGUGGGCUUCUCCAAGAGGAGCGAGGAGCCGCCGAUAUCCAUCGACCUGACCUUCCACCUCCUGCGCAACAUGAUCGAAAUGGCGCGGAUCGAGAACCAAAGGGAGCAGGCCGAGCUCAACCGCAAGUACCUGGACGAGGUGGGCAAGUAAGGUGGGGGGGGCGAGUCCAGACCAGCCCCUCACACCUCAGCUCGCGCGCUCUCUCCAGGUUCUUGCAAAAACACAAAACAAAAGCAUCGCAUGCGUCGCCGGAAGCCGCCAGAGCUUUAAGGGAAAAACGUGGCCGAGUCGAGCAGUGACCUUCCCUCCAACAGGACCUCCCGACGGACAUCGAGCGCGCGAGUGCGUGUGUGUGUAUGUGUGUAUGUGUGUGUGUGUGUGUGUGUGUGUGUGUGUCUCCUGCACAGCCCACAUCUACACAGAUUAUCCGUCUUAUAGUUCAGUUUCUCUUUAAUUGUCAACUCAUUUGGUCUUUUACGCUCCGCAUAAACUGAUGCGCUCAAAUGACUUGAUUUAAAUGAGUCCAUUAUUCCCUCAUUAUUAAAUAUAUUAACACAGUGUUUUGUUGCACUUUUGGCUGUUGGAUGCAACACCAGUGGUACCAAGUACACAAACCCUGUACUUGAGUUAAAGUAGAUCAAGGUAAAAUAUUACUCCAGUAAAAGUAGAAGUUCCUCCCUUUAGUUCCUCCCUUUCCUCACUUUACUAAAGUAUUUACCUUCAAGUGUAC